AUGGCAGCACGGGAGCACUUAUACUUAGCCCUUCACGGCUUGUGGGGCCUGUGGAGAGGCCGCCAGCCCCUUGUGUGUUAUGUGCAGACGCCGCAGCAAUUUGCUGCAGCGCAGCAGCAGCAGCAGAAGCAGCGAGAGCUCCAAACACCAUCAGCAGUAGCAGCUGCAGCUGCCAUUUCGCAGAGGCAACAAGUUUUCCAUGAAGGCCCUUUAUUCCCCUACGAUUUCAACUGGAUUGCUGCAGUGAGGGCCUCCAGGGCCCUCCGUGCUGCAGUGCGGCGUGGCCUUCAGCAGCAGCAGCAGCAGCAGCAGCAGCAGCAGCAGAAGUAUCUGGCAUACCUGAUAGACCGGAGUUGCCAGCUGCAGCAGCAGCUGAAUUACUGCUGCUUCGUCAAGCCGUCUUUCUUAACUUCGCGGUUCGCAAUAAGGCCCCUGGAGGCGCUCAUAGACAGCCUUCUCUUGCUGCAGCAGCAGCAGCAGCAGCAGCAGCAGCAGCAGCAGCAACAGCAGCAGCAGCCUGCAAAGCUGGAAGAAGAAGAAACUGCUGCUGCUGCUCGCCGGGGCCUUACGGUGGAGCAGCAACGCCUGGUGGACGAAACAAGUGCCCGCUUUUGCCGCGCCGUCGCGAAAGCAACCGCAAGACCGGAUUUUGCUGCUGCUGCUGCAUGCGGGGAGUUGGUUGUUGCUGCUGCAUGCAGGGGUUUUGCUGUUGCUGCUGCAUGCAGGGAGUUGGUUGUUGCUGCUGCAUGCAGGGGUUUCGCUGUUGCUGCUGCAUGCAGGGAGUUGGUUGUUGCUGCUGCAUGCAGGGGUUUUGCUGUUGCUGCUGCAUGCAGGGAGUUGGUUGUUGCUGCUGCAUGCAGGGGUUUUGCUGUUGCUGCUGCAUGCAGGGAGUUGGUUGUUGCUGCUGCCUGCCUGGGGGGCCCCGGAGCUAAGCUGCUGCAGCAGCUGUACAAGACAGACAGCAGGGGAGCUCUUCAUGUGCCUUAUGAGGGUUCGAACUAUGAGACAGUGUUGGCGCUGCUGCAAACCCUAAACCCUAAACCCUCUUUUCCCCAAAGCCCAAACCCUAAACCCUCAGCGCGAGCCCUAAGUUCAGAAGAGGCUGCAGGCAAAGACUUGGUGACGCAGUGGGCGGAGCUACGGAACGAGGCGCACCGACCGCAGCAGCAGCAGCUGCUGCAGCAGCUGCUGCUGCUGCUGCAGCAGAGGCAGCAAAUUGCAGCUAGCUGCGGCUACUCUUGCUGGGCAGAACUGCGCAUCAAAAGACAAACAGCAGAGGGCCACUAUUGGAGGCAAGUGCCGCUGCUGCUGCGGUCUAUUGGCCUUGCUGCAGCGCAAAGGGCUCCCCAGCAGCUGGGACACGCUCUGCGGCAGCAGCAGCAGCAGCAGCAACAGCAGCGGGAGCAGCAGCCGAGACUGCAGCAGUGGCGUCCCACGGUUGACCAGUGGUUAGCAGCAGCUCUGAGGGCCUACGGGCGGGGCGCAAGCGACUUGGAAGCUGCUGCUUGGUUCCCUGAGUCUCUUUCAGCUAGCCAGCUGCCGCACCAGCUAGCUGCUGCUCUGGGCCUUAGGCUGGAGCCGCUGCUGAAGAAACAGUGGAGAGGAUACGGCAGGCGAGCAAAGCACUAA